CGGAGGCAGAGCGGGGCUAUAUAAGCCCCAACUAGCCGGCUUACGUCGGGAUUCGUGGUGUUGCAGGAGACUCGUAGCGCGUCUGCAGUCAACGACCCUCCGCAAACGUCACCUGUCGGAACAACUAUGCGCGAGUGUAUCUCCAUCCAUGUGGGGCAGGCGGGCGUGCAGAUGGGCAAUGCCUGCUGGGAGCUCUACUGCCUGGAGCACAACAUCCAGCCCAAUGGCACCAUGCCCAGUGACAAGGCGCUGGGUGGCGGCGAUGACUCCUUCAACACCUUCUUCAGUGAGACCGGGGCUGGCAAGCAUGUGCCCCGGGCUGUCUUUGUGGACCUGGAGCCUGCUGUCAUAGAUGGGGUAAGAACUGGCAUUUACAGGCAGCUCUUCCACCCGGAGCAGCUGAUAUCUGGCAAGGAAGAUGCUGCCAACAACUAUGCCCGAGGCCACUACACUGUGGGGAAGGAGAUCAUCGAUCUUGUGCUGGAGCGAAUCCGAAAACUGACAGACCAGUGCACCGGUCUUCAGGGUUUCCUGAUCUUCCAUAGCUUUGGGGGUGGCACUGGCUCAGGCUUCACCUCCCUGUUGAUGGAGCGGCUUUCUGUUGACUAUGGCAAGAAGUCCAAGUUGGAAUUUGCCAUCUACCCUGCCCCCCAAGUAUCCACAGCAGUUGUGGAACCCUACAAUUCCAUCCUGACCACCCACACCACCCUGGAGCACUCGGACUGUGCCUUCAUGGUGGACAACGAGGCCAUCUAUGACAUCUGCCGCCGCAACCUGGACAUCGAGCGCCCCACCUACACCAACCUCAACCGGCUCAUCGGCCAGAUCGUGUCCUCCAUCACGGCCUCCCUGCGCUUCGACGGGGCCCUCAAUGUGGACCUCACUGAGUUCCAGACCAACCUGGUGCCCUACCCCCGCAUCCACUUCCCCCUGGUGACCUACUCCCCCAUCGUCUCAGCCGAGAAGGCCUACCAUGAGCAGCUGUCGGUGGCAGAGAUCACCAACGCCUGCUUUGAACCCUCCAACCAGAUGGUCAAGUGUGACCCUCGCCACGGCAAAUACAUGGCCUGCUGCAUGCUCUACCGCGGAGAAGUCGUGCCCAAGGACGUGAACGCCGCCAUCGCCACUAUCAAGACCAAGCGCACCAUCCAGUUUGUGGACUGGUGUCCCACGGGUUUCAAGGUUGGCAUUAACUACCAGCCCCCCACAGUGGUGCCCGGGGGCGACCUGGCCAAGGUGCAGCGGGCAGUCUGCAUGCUGAGCAACACAACAGCCAUCGCCGAGGCCUGGGCCCGCCUCGACCACAAGUUUGACCUGAUGUAUGCCAAACGAGCCUUUGUGCACUGGUACGUGGGCGAGGGCAUGGAGGAAGGGGAGUUCUCAGAGGCCCGAGAGGACCUGGCUGCCCUGGAGAAGGAUUAUGAAGAAGUGGGAACAGAGUCUAUGGACGGCGAGGAUGAGAGUGAAGAGUUCUAGGGGGUCCUGGCACCUGCAACGCCCGGUCUCUCUCCCUAGUUUUGUAUUUCUUGUUCCACUGUUUCCCUAACCCCCUACAAAUACAAUCAGUGUCUUAAGCGAU